AUGGCUUUAAGCAGAGUGGGCCCCGGGGUCCCCCUCGCCGUGAGCUGGGGGGCGGCUGAGCGUGCACGGCCACGGAGCACUGCUGGGCGGGGCAGAGCCGCACCAGCAAGCGCCAACAGUCCAGAUCUGCUGCGUGGUGGGGGCUCUGCAUGGCGCCAGGCGGGCAGUGCCCCAUCUAAACCCAUCAUAGCACCCUGCUUCCAGCUGGGGAGCCCCGUGCCCACUGCCCCUGCUCCGGUCAGGCAGCUGGGCUCAGCUGGCUUGCAGGGGGAAGGGAGGCUAGACAGCCUGUCUCUGGUUCCUCUCCAGGACCUGGUGAAGAACCACCUGAUGUACGCCGUGCGGGAGGAGGUGGAGGUCCUCAAAGAGCAGAUCAAAGACCUGGUGGAGAAGAACUCCCAGCUGGAGAGAGAGAACAGCCUCCUGAAAACCCUGGCCAGCCCCGAGCAGCUGCAGAAGUUCCAGUCCCGGCUGCCGGCAGAGGUGCUGUCGGCAGAGGAGGAGACGGGGGGGGGGGGGCUCUGCGGUGUAAGGUGGCUCUGUCCUCGGAGUGGGCAGAGCCACUGAACUCUUUCUACUUAAUCUCCUGCAAAGUUGUUUCCUCCCUUCUCUCGUGGAGACCUUUCCAAGCUAGCGUGAGCGCCGCGGCGCGCUGCCCGGACACUGGCUCUGAAGGAGCGAAGUGUCGUGGUGGGACACUGCACAGCUGGACAACCCGUCGGGGGCCUCCUCGCACCCCGGCCAGGGGACGAAAGCUGCACGGUCGGAGACGGGCCCUCGCUGCACGCUUCAGCAGGGCCCCUGCUCGCUUGACACAGCCUGAGCUUUGGAGGAAGCCGGUUGUUGCAGAGAAGAGACACGUCUGCCCCUGCUGCUGCCUGGAAUGGGCCUGGGGCAGGAACCAGACACUGACCUAGCCGUGGCUGGGCACUACAAGGAAAGCUUUGGGUUGGUAGUGCAGGGAUCUUUGCAUCCUUAGCCCCCUGCAGGGCGCAUGCAGCCCGCACCCAGGCUGGCUGCGGAAGCCAGGGGUGCAUGGGGAGGCUCUGUGGAUGCUGCUGCGCGGCCGGGACGCUUGGAUGCUGUUUGAAAGGGGUGACUGGAGCUGCCUCGCUGUGGGAUGGAUUUUUAUACGCAACUGUCUGUGCACAGAGCCCCGCUCUGGCCUGCCCAGCUCAGGGCCGGGGGACUCCCCCCCGCAGACUGGAUCAUGGACCGUGCCAAGGAGCCCCGUUUGGCGGCCGCGCAGCAGGGCGAGAGCCGAGGUUAUGUGCUCCGUGAGCGCCCCCACAGCUCUCGCCGAGGGCGGGGCCUCGUGCCGGGUCGGAGCAUUGACGGGACUGUGACUCCAGCUACAAAUGGCAAUAAACUCUACUUUGGAUAUA